AUGUCUUCUCGUCCGCCCUUGAGCAACGCGAUUCUCAAUGGCCUGAACGAUGCUCAGCGUCGCGCCGUGAGCUCUGAUGCGGCUACAGUCGCCAUUCUUGCCGGUCCAGGAAGUGGCAAGACUCAUACUCUCGCUUCUCGGGUUGUCUGGCUGGUCGACGCUGUGGGAUACCGGCCCGAAGAUGUUGUCGUCGCGACUUUCACCGUCAAGGCGGCUCGCGAGAUGAAAGAGCGUAUUGGGAGAGCCCUCGGAAAUGGUCGCGAGUCCAAGAUUAUCCUGGGCACUUUCCACAGCAUCGCACGACGCUAUCUCGCCGCGUACGGGCGACACAUCGGGCUUAACCAAAAGUUCGGCAUUGCCGAUGAAUCAGACUCCCGCGCCAUCAUUACCCGGAUUUGCAAAAGACUGCAGCUAACUGUCGACCCUGCGGCCGCGCGCGUAUGGAUAAGCAAAAGGAAGGCCAAGGGCACCGAAACCUCCGCCAAGUCUGCUCGACCAGAAGCCGCCGAGACGCCCGGGUUGCAAGACCUUGAGACCUGCUAUCGGGAAUACCAGGGCCAUCUGGACAGAUCCAGUCUCUUGGACUAUGAUGACCUUCUAGUCCGCUGUGUUGAUUUGCUUCGCAGGUUUCCGUCUUGCGUUGCCAAUGUGCAGACUGUCCUCAUCGAUGAGUACCAAGACACAAACGGGAUUCAGUACGAGCUGAUGAAACUGUUCGCCCAACGUCACCAGAGGAUUACUAUUGUGGGCGACCCUGACCAGAGCAUCUACGGAUGGCGGUCGGCCGAGAUUAGAAACCUCUGGCGGCUGCUCCGGGAUUUUCCUGCUACCGACGAGAUCUCGCUCGAAGAGAACUAUCGGUCGUCGCAAUCCAUCCUCGACUUGUCCCUGCUCGUCAUACAGCAGGAUACCAAACGGUACCAGAAGGCCCUGAAGCCCAUCCAUGAUAAGGGCUCCCGUCCGGUUCUUCGGAAGUUGAAAAGUGCAACUGCCGAGGCAGAUUGGAUUGUCUCGGAGAUAAAGAGGGCUGUCCUGCUGUCAGGCUCAAUGCUGAACCACAGCGAUGUAGCCGUGUUACUUCGCUCCGCGUCUCUGUCGAGGCAUAUCGAGAGCGCCCUUGGGAGGGCCGGAAUCGCCUAUCGAAUGGUUGGGGGUUUCAAAUUCUACGAGCGUGCCGAGAUCAAAACCAUCCUCGACUAUCUACGAGUCAUUCACCAGCCCCAAAACAACGAUGCGCUGGCCAGGAUCAUGAAUGUUCCCCGAAGAGGGAUCGGCGAAGUGACCAUCAAAGGCUUGAUCGAGGAAGCUGAAAGCUCAUCGCUCAGCCUCUGGAGUUUGCUACUGAAGCACUGCCGGGGCGAUCGCACUGCAAAAACUAAAAUCACUAAGCAUGCCGAGCAAAGGAUUAGUGGCGGGCUCCUCCGCCCGUUGGAGACUAUCAGGAAACGAAUUGACGAGGCGUCUGGGUGCAGUGGAACGCCUUUCGGGCUUGUCGACAUGAUUGAGCAGCUUCUUACCACCCUGAACUUCCAAAAACAUCUCCAAGAUGUAUACCCUGAAGACCACGAGCAGAGGUGGGUCAACAUGCAGGAAUUCAUCCAGCUUGCGGCCGAUUUUGUGCGUGAGAUUGAGCGCUCCGGCGAUGACGCUCUUCCGGCGAUCGCAGAACUGCAGCAAACAAAGGAGGUCGAGGUUCUGCCGCGCUUUCUGGCCAACGUGUCUCUAGCAUCUGAUGCACAGACCGAAGAUUAUGGUCAGGAAAGCAAGCCACUGGUUACCAUCUCGACAAUACACGCGGCGAAGGGUCUUGAGUGGCCUGUCGUCUUUGUCCCUGCCGUCUACAACGGGUCUAUUCCCCACAUGCGGGCAGAGGACAGCGAUGAGGAGAGGAGACUGCUCUAUGUUGCCAUGACGCGGGCACAGAGUCUGCUCUAUCUCAGCUACCCGGUCUACAGCUCAAGCACAAACAGCGAGCGCAACGAGCUGUCGCCUUUUGUCACAUCCGUAAGCAAAUCUUUCUUGAAAAAGGGCCCGUGUUUUGAUCGGCCGGUCAUGAAGGAGAUUGCCAGGAUUCUUCGGCGUAAGUUGCCGCCUGAAGAGUCCAUCUUCGGGAGCCUGCCGGCCAUGUUUAACGUUGAAGACAAUCUGUUUCCUGUCGACCCGGAAGAGUUGGGGCAUAAUUUGACUGGUCACGGGCCAGACGAUGCACCGCGCGUAAAGCGACCAAAACUACAGAGGCUACCUAACGGGCAGGACGACAGCGGCGAACUCCCGUGGCGUAAGGACUACGCGACCACCAUGGAGCAGUCGUCUUCAUUCACUGUGGCUUCUCUCCCUGGGUUCGUCAGCGCAGGAACCCAUCAGGCUGCCCUUACCGCCGCUGCGGAAGCGGUACAAAGGGCCGAGAAGAUUAAGCGAUCAAGCAACAGGCGGUCAGCAGAGCAGAGGAGCAUCCUUGGGUUUGUUAAGGCCAACCCUCGCUCUAUUGAAGCAUUGCCGACCCCCAUGCCAGCGGCAAGCAGACCAUCAGCGAAUCCGCACUCCAGAGGAAAUCUCCCUGCGCAGAACGCCUCCGGGUCUCUAUGUACGGAGACCGACUUGGCUAGGCACAAGAUUGAACCGGAGCUCGCUGGGCGCAGUUUAAGAGAUGGGAAGAUGAAGACCCGACCAUCUUAUCCCAGUAGUGAGCAAACAGCGACGAGAAAACCUUAUGCCGUCUUUUCUAGUUCACCGCCCCCGCCAGAACCGGCGGAAACCGACAUUGAAACCAGCUCAAAGUCGGAAGAAAACGAGCCUCCACCGGAGCCGACCCGUCCGGCCACUUGUCUGCACGCAACGACGUGCAACUUUCCCAAGGGGCUUGGGGGAAAGUUUAGGAGGCCUCCCGGGCUGGGCCGCUCCAGUAUGGCGCCGAUUGACAAGCUACGAAAACCCUUCAAGCCGUUGACGAUCAACAAAUCGUGA